CGUGAAUAUUGGUAUCGUUUUAUUCAAUAAAUUUGUUUUUUUUGUUUACAAAUCUCCAUGACAAAUCUGUAAGGGUUUGAAGUAUUGAAUUUAAGACUCAAAUAGAAAUCUAAUUUGUUAAGUUACUGAUCGAAAACUAAUCAUGGCUAUGCAAAGGAAAACUAAUGUGAGGUUGCCUCCAGAGGUGAAUAGAAUACUUUACGUAAGGAAUCUACCGUACAAAAUUACUGCUGAAGAAAUGUAUGACAUAUUUGGCAAAUAUGGAGCAAUCAGACAAAUUCGACUUGGAAACACACCUGAAACAAGAGGAACAGCAUUUGUUGUUUAUGAAGAUAUUUUCGAUGCAAAAAAUGCAUGUGACCAUUUGUCUGGUUUUAAUGUUUGUAAUCGAUAUUUAGUAGUGCUGUACUACCAAUCCAACAAGGCAUUCAAGAAAGUUGAUACAGAUAAGAAACAAGAGGAAAUAGACAAAGUAAAAAAGAAAUAUGGAGUUACUACUGAUGAUUAAUGAAACACAAAACAAAGUGGUGAAAAAAUAUACACUUGUACAUAUUUGAGUUUUUAUUUCCUUUUUUUAUAAUAUAGUAAAGGGAAGCAUAAUCUUUAAUUUGUAUUUGAUCAAAAUAAAGUAUGUUUGCCAAAAA